UACAAUUUGUGCGCACCAAAUCUCACACGUGUUGUUUUCAUUAUAUGGUCGUGACUUUUUUUCCUCCUUGGAAGUGAUAUCUGUGCUAAAUUAAACCCGCUAAAACCACAACUAUGGGGAAGAAACUCAAAGUUGGAAAGACCAGAAAAGAUAAAUUCUACCACUUAGCCAAAGAAACAGGUUAUCGAUCUCGUUCGUCGUUCAAACUCAUCCAACUUAACCGUAAAUACCAGUUUCUACAGAAAGCUAGAGCUGUGGUGGACCUAUGCGCUGCUCCUGGAGGAUGGUUGCAAGUGGCGUCCAAAUUUAUGCCUGUUUCUAGCCUUGUUAUUGGUGUUGACCUGGUGCCUAUCAAGCCCAUCCCCAAUGUAGUGACCCUUCAAGAAGACAUCACUACUGAGAAAUGCAGACAGGCCCUCAAAAAGGAACUACAUACCUGGAAGGUUGACGUUGUGCUAAACGAUGGCGCUCCAAAUGUAGGAGCCAACUGGCAGCACGAUGCAUUCUCCCAGGCCACCUUGACUCUCAUGGCCUUGAAACUGGCCUCUGAGUUCUUGACAAAAGGGGGCACUUUUGUCACAAAGGUAUUCCGCUCUAAAGACUACCAGCCUCUACUCUGGAUCUUCCAGCAGUUCUUCAAGAAGGUUCAAGCCACCAAGCCCCAAGCAUCUAGGAAUGAGUCAGCUGAGAUAUUUGUUAUUUGCCAGGGUUUUCUAGCUCCAGACAAAAUUGACCCCAAGUUCUUUGACCCCAAAUAUGCAUUCAAAGAGGUGGAGGUGCAGGCCAAAACUGUGAAAGAACUUGUUGUGGAAAAGAAGCCAAAGGCAGAGGGAUACAGUGAUGGCGACCUGACACUUUUCCACAGUUACACUGUGAUGGCUUUUGUCAAAGCCGAAAACCCUGUGGACUUUUUGGCCAAAGCCAGUGAGAUUACUUUUGACAACCCAAUCUUGGAGGCGCACAGCUCCACCACAGAUGAGAUAAAGGAGUGCUGUCGUGACAUAAAAGUUUUGGGCCGCAAAGAACUUCGCACGUUGCUGAAUUGGAGGACCAAGCUGAGGAGAUACCUGGCCAAGCAAUUGAAGGAUGAGGCCAAGAAGCUUGACCAGGACAUCAAGCUAAGCUCUGACGAAGAGGGAGACGAUUCGGAUGGCGAGCCAAAGAGGAAGAAAGAGAAAGAGGAGGAGGGUGAUGAAGAAGAGGAAAUUGAGAAUAAACUGGCUGAGCUGAAAGCAGAGGAGGUGGCUGAUCUCAAGAGGAAGAAGAGGAAGUUGCUGAAAGAGCGCAGAAAGCAGAGGGAGAGGGUGGAGCUCAAGAUGGAUCUGCCAGGUGUCUCCAUUGCUGACAAUGAGGACGUCAGCAUGUUCUCCCUCGCCACCAUCAAGAAGAAACAAGCGCUGGCUGAUAUAUCCAGGGGGGACAUGCAAGCAGCAGACUCGCUAGCAGAGGGGGAGGACGACUUCUUCCUCUCCGAUGAAGAUGAGGACCAAGCAGAUAACAUGUCCCUGGCCUCUGAUUUGGAUGACGAUGACAUGGAGGAAGUGGAACUUAGACAGAAGGAGCUGGAGAAAGAAAAAAAGAAAGUGACAUUCGCCGAGGAAGAGGAGGUGGAUGACGACAAAGAAGAGGGUGGCUUACUGGUGGAACUUGAAGAAAAAGAUGAGAAGAGAGAGCGUGAAACCAAUUUGUGGUUCAGCAAGGAUAUUUUUUCUGAGAUUGAGAUGGAAGGAGAUGCAGAGAGUGAGAUCAGACAGGCACAGUGGCUCCAAAACCAGCAACCAGGAAAAGGCAUAAAGAGGAAAGCAGAAGAAGUAGAGGAAAAGGAGGAGGAGGCUGCUCCAAUAGUCGAGGAAGAGGUGGAACCGUCAAAGGAAGCUGUGGAAGACAGUGACAGUGACUCAGAUGACAGUGAUGAUGAAGAACACAUUAAAAAGUUGAAGCAGGCAAAGGGCGCCACUGGGAAAGGUCUGGGUGACGACGAUGAUGACGACUUCCAGGUCGUUCGAGUGGAAAGCACCAGUAAGAAAGCACGCAUUUUGGAUGCUGAAGGCCUUGCCCUUGGUUGCCAGAUUGCCACAUCCCGGAAGAAAACCAAAGACCUGGUGGACAACUCCUUCCACAGAUUUGCUUCCUCUGAUCAGCCUUGGGAAGUACCUGAGUGGUUCCUGAAAGACGAGGUCAAACACCGGAAGAAGCCAGUGCCGGUCACCACGGAGAUGGUGGAGGAGUAUAAACAGAAGUGGAAGGAGAUCAACGCCCGGCCAAUAAAGAAAGUUGCUGAGGCCAAGGCCAGGAAGAAGAGGAGGAUGCUGAAGAAGAUGGAGCAGGCUAAGAAGAAAGCAGAGGCUGUUGUGAACACAGUGGACAUUUCUGAGAGGGAGAAGAUGGCUCAGCUUAAGAGUAUCUACAAGAAAGCCGGCGUGGGAAAAGAGAAGCGAGAAGUGACAUAUGUCGUGGCCAAAAAGGGAGCUGGGAGGAAAGUGAAGCGGCCUGCUGGCGUCAAAGGCGUCUUCAGAGUUGUGGACAGUCGCAUGAAGAAAGAUAUGCGUGGGAUGCAAAGGAAAGAACAGAAAACAAAGGGCGGCAAAGGAAAAGGAAAACAGGCAAAAGGUAGCCAAAAAGGGGGGAAGACUAAGAAAGGGCGAAAAGACAGAUAAAUGAGAAAUAGGUCCAUGAACAUUUUGUUUUCUGUCUGAUUGAAAGAGCUGUAAUCAAAUAUUGCUUUGGAGGCCUGGUGGGAGUAGUAAAAUGUGUUUGCUUUUCUAAGAACAGUGGUUUGUCUGAACUCUCAAUUGCAGAAAGUUGAGGUCUGUCAUUAAGAAAUGUAGCCAUUCAUUUUUGUAAAUAAGAUAGACAUAUUUGCAAUAAAUUGGUUUUGACGUGA